AUGUGGCGGACUCGGCACGCGCUGACGCUGGUGGUGCACGGGCCUGAGUUCCGCAAUGGGGAGCUGCUGGUACUGAACCCGGACAUCUUCCCGGACGUGAAGCUGCACGACCUGGUGGAGGUCGCGCAGCCCGAGCGCGCGCACCCGCACCCGCGGCUCGUGCUGUCCGUCGAGUCGCUCGCGCCCGUGCGCGGCAAGCUGCAGGUGAGCGUGGCCCGGGAGAUCGCGGCCCAGUUCGGGCUCGAGGCCUUCCGCUCCGUGACUGUGCGGCGCGUGGACCAGCGCGACGUGUGCGUGGACUUCGUGGAGCUGAGCUUCAAGGACCAGUUCCUGUCGAGGGCCGACAUCUGGCGCUUCAAGGUCACGAUGCUGGGCCAGUGCGUCUACGUGGGGCGCACGGUCGAGUGCCUCGGCAUCCGCUCGCAGGUGGACGCCAUCCUGGCCGACAACACGCAGCUCAGCUGCGGCGUCAUCGGAGACGCCACCAAGAUCGUCGUACGCUCGAGGUCCAGCCGCCUCUUUUGGCUCGUGCAGAUGAGCACCGAGAUGUGGGAGUUCGCGCCCGACGGGGAGAUCUACUACGAGAAGCUGCUCAACCGGCUGCUGCGCGUGCUCAUCGACAAGUGGAGCGAGAGCUCCGUGAGCCACUCGGUCACCAUCAUCGCCUUCUCCAGGAGCUUCUACGACGCCAACCAGUUCCCCGACGACUUCGACCCGAGACGAGCCCCCUUCUCAGACCCUCGACGACAGGGCUUUGGCCCGGGCUGCGGGGCGCCUGGCAUCAACAUGGCCAACGGCUACGGCCCCACCAUCCACGUCGACCCCGUCUCGGGCCGGUACUACGAGGAUUUCUACAAGGUGGUGGUCAUGAACUUCACGGGGCCCGACUGGAGUCGCUUGGUGCUGCUGCUCAAGAAGGAGUUCGCCAGCUACUACGAGAUGCACCGGUGGCGCACGCCCGAAGAGUUUUCGGCCGCAAAGUACGAGAUCUGUCGAUGCCCCAAGCCUGCCACCAGCACUAAUACUGGAAAAACGUCGGAGAAGGGUACGAUGGAUGUGUACAUCAAGUGGACGAAGCUGCCGUCGGGGGUGCCGUCCCGCGCCAAAGACGGCAACAUCCUGGAGGCCAUCAAUGUGACAUUGAAUGUGCUGGACAAACACUACAUGGAUCGUGACCUAAGCCGCACUGGGCAGGGUAUCGUCAUGAUGACGGCUGGUUGCAGUAUUUUCAAUGUCGAUCGGAAGCUGGCAGAGAUCACGGAGCAACGCAUGAUGGACAACGGAGUCGGGAUGGACAUGAUCUCGCUGACAACGCCGCCGUUGCAUGUUGUUCCGCUGUUUAUUUACCGCAACCUACCUUCAGGAAAGACUGCUGCAGGUCUCAACCCUGAUGCUUCCAGCUUCGCGCGCAAGCUCUCCUACAGCGAGGUUUCAGGUGCGAGUGAGGAGCCAAAGUCGCUGGAAACUGCGUCUUCCUUCCAUGGAGUCUCAAGUUUUAUGUCUACCUCUCAGCCCAAGAGCCCGGAGUGGGUGCGAGCUGGUAGUGAAAUCCUUCGCCGCUCUGGCGAUUCACCCGAGAAACUUACCUACGACGUACCGCACUGGGUGAACAUUACGUUCUUGGACUUUGGCUGUGGCUGCGGGCGCUCCAGUAAUAUCUGCAUGCCGAUUGAGCCUCCCGCGCCGUUGAGUCCGAGCCAAAACAGCCCAACUUCUCACCGUGGAUGGCAGUCAUGCGAGUGCCAGGUCAAACGAAACCAGCAAUUCGACCCGCUGCCAUCGUUUCGUAUGUUCGAUGUCACGUCGCCGUCCGAGAAAUUGGAGUUCCCUGUGACGCUGCGGAACCUGAUGCGGAGAACCUCGCAAAACGCGCCGAGCUUCGGGCUCAGUGCCCCCUCCACUUCGCCAAUGUCAAUCAGGAUCACUGGUAGUCAAAGACGCUUGUUAUUCGAGACGAGCGAGCUUCCCGACUCGGCAUCGUCUGCACCACCACCGGAACAAUUGCAGCUUAGCCGGUCCCCUGACUUUGACCCCAUUCUCGCAUCGGGGCAAUUGCGUUCCGCUACUAACCUCAGCGCCAGCCUCCACGCGCGAGCCGCACUGAAGGAAUAUGACGAGAGCGUAUUCGCCCCUGUGGUGCGAGACGGCGAAUCCGCCACGGCGAGGAGCUCACGAGAGCGGCGACUGGGUUUUGUUCCUCUGGAAAGCCACGACGAGCACGAUAACGCCACCAGCGCUACCAUCGGUGGGUACGGCGACGGCCAUCUCGAGUGGUUUAUUCGUAACGCAAAGAAGGAAGCCGAUCGAACGAGAGAGCGCAGUAACAGCGGCAACAAUACCAGCUUCCGGAAGGAGAGCGCUUUCCUUCCGAGCGAAAGCACCAGCAUGAUCCAAACACUGAUCUCCCCGCGGAAACUGAAACCCAAUGGCAACUCACCGAGCAAAAUGUUCCAGACUGCUUUUUCAGACCGCACUCAGCAGAAUGGGGGCCAUUCUUCCGGAAUCCCGAUCAUGUCUCGCUCAGUCCCGAGGGCAGACGCGAACCCCUCAUUUUCACUGGAGGUGAUGCUAAGCAGCUCCAUGGAGCGCCGGCGCAACAUGAAUUUUGCAACGAAGUCAUCGUUGUCGGCCAGCCGUACGCUCUUUGGGACUCCAGGAAAGAGUCGAGAUGAGGGGUUUCGUCCGCUAGCACGAGCGUCGACCAUGACCAAGGAGCUGCCGUCGACGUCUGGCCCCUCUCCGGCGUACUCUUCCCCAUCAAAAGACGGGUUCACAGGUAAGCUCACGAGCAACCAGCGGCGCCUCAGUAAUCCAGGAUCUCCUCCAGGUGGUCUGCGCAGAAACCAAUCCGAGUUGUUCCGGCCGUCGUUGAUGUCUGGAAGCCUGAGCUUCAAGGCUUCGUCGGCUACAGAUAUCGCUAUGACACCCAUUGACCACAGAAAAGCGGCUGUGAAUCCGUUCCGGUACUCCAAAGGCCAGGUCUCUCAACGUUUAUCAAGCGACCGAAGGCGAUGGAGCCACCUCUUCCCCGUGUCUAACCAUGUCGCCCAUCGUCCAUCGAACGAGGUGUCAGGAGAAGCUGCAACACAAGACAGCGAGCCCAUAUUCCUUGGACCAAACUGGACAAGUCUAACGUCGCCCGCUAUCCUGCCGCUAACUACCGACCACUUUCCGUCCCCGCAAGAAUUGCGCCAAGGUUAUACCGAAGCAUUUUACACGGUGACGAUUCCUACAACCGCGACGCAGGCUCCAGCGAUCGAGUGCGUGCCGCGGUAUCGUAACCACGACGAGCUUUUGAUCGAAAUGAUCUGCCAGCGGCUUGCGCGCGACUUUCAACUCGUGUCCAGUUGCGACUCCACUGCGUCCCUCAUGGGUAGCGAGUCGUCUCCCGAGAGCCGACGAAGAGUGUAUCACCUGAGCAUGGGGCAUCGCAUCCACCAGCUCAUUUAUGACGCAGAGCGACAGACCGUCGAAGUGAAGAGGUUCGUCCAGCGCGAGCCGCAUGACCCCGAAGUCGCGUACACUUCGUAUAACUACUCGCUCUGGGUCGCUCUCACUCAGUCGUUCCAGCCGCACCAACAGAUAUUCCAUCGGUACCCGCAACCAGAAGAUAACUGGAAUGCCCUGGACAAUCUGCUGUGCGGAUACCUUGACGACAUGGCGGACACAAUGAAGUGCCGGCGGAUCCGGUUUGCUAUCGUGCCCCCUGUGAUCUCGAAGGGUGGCGAUACCGAGUCCCCGACAGCCUACGCAGCAAAGUUUACAAAGUUCAUCGAGUACCUGCAGUCGCGCGUUGCCCCCUCGGAAUUUGGCGAUCUCGAGAACAUCACUAUCAACAUGGUACUGGAGCGGCCGCAAGGUCCACAAGAAGCUGGGAAAGCUCCACCGCUCGGUGGGAACCGCAUGCUGAGCUUCAAGAUGGCUUGCAAGGCGUCGACGGCAUCGUCAUCUGGCGCGAAAUUCGAGGACUCGAGAACUGAGUGGGUGAUGAUGCGUGUGGAGGAAACCAUGGAUAUCUCGCGGUGCUUUCAUCUCGAUGUCCGCUGGUUGGCUUGCAGCGGUAUCGCGGCGGACGAGUUCGUUGGUACUGUUCGCCGUCGCGCGAAGCAGGCGGGGUUGGAUCUACGCCGCGUUCCCGAGUAUUCCAGCGUCUCGCGCGUGCAGAUCCAUCCUCUGAUAGCUUCGGUCUUCCUGCCGCUCCCCGUUCGAGUCUCCGAGUCUUUCGUUGCGGCGCUCACUCAAAUGCUGGACUUCGUGCUAGACGACGAGCGGAUUGCCGAUGGCAGCGGGAUUGGCUAUGGGCUCGGAAUCGACCAGGAGACGUCGACAACGAAGACGAGGACGAUACGUGGACACCGCCGCUCGCCUUCAGCUAACGCUAGGAUGCUGCUUGAACGAUGGCAGCAGCGCGGGUACAAGCAGUUCAUCCACCGACGCGCGCCAGUAUUCGUGCGAGUCAUUCACGACGGUCUCAUCUGGAUCCCGGGCUACGACUACGAUCGCAAGGGCGACGGAGCAGCUAGCGUGACUGCCACCGAGACGUUGUUCCACGAGGUCUGCGCUACCAUCGAGUCGCAGUGUGGCGAAAGCCCAGAGGGCAAUGUGAGUCUCUGA